GACUUUAGAGGGGCGGUACAGAUGGUACAGCAGCUUCGAUAGAAAUAAAUUUGUUCUGGUUUGUAAUGUUAUUCUGGGCUGAUCUCUUCAAAAUACAUUAAAAUGAGUUCUUGUGACAUGAAUACCAUUACUGUGAUCGGCAGCGGGCUGAUUGGCCGCUCCUGGGCUAUGGUGUUUGUCAGUGGAGGCUACAGUGUGAAGAUCUAUGACAACCAACCAGGACAGGCUGCCAAGGCCAUCCAAGAGAUCAGGAAGCAGCUGGAGGAGCUGGAGGAGGCUCACAUGCUGAGAGGAGAGCUGAGAGCCAAUCAGCAGCUCGCUCUGAUCAGCAGCCACGACGAUCUGUCUCAGGCGCUGCAGGGAGCCUUCUUCGUCCAGGUGACACACUCACGACUCCCAUCACCAGCACAUGAUGUUCCCCAUAUACUCAAACACACAUUUGCUCCACAGGUAAACCCGCCGUACUACGUGAAACUGGUGGAGCUGGUACCUCACCCUGAGACAGCAGCGGCCGUUAUGGACACCACCCACUCCCUGAUGACCAAGGUUGGUCAGGCGCCCAUCCGUCUGAAGAGAGAGAUCGACGGCUUUGCCCUCAACAGAGUGCAGGCGGCCAUUAUCGCCGAGUCCUGGAGGCUGGUGCAGGUCAGUGUCUCGCUUCUGUCCUUAAGUGAACCAGUGAACACACUUCUGACACUAGGGUGCAAAACGAAAAAUACUUGUCCUGAUUGCAUCUACUACUAAGACCCCUGCUUUUUCCUUUUGUAGUUAUCUU